AUGACAGUGAAAGACCGUUAAGAGUAGAGAGCGGUGAAUGCAGAGAAGGAGAGACAACAGCAACAACAAAUGGGAAAGAUGUUUCAGCAGCUGCUUCUGAUCUCCCUGCUGGGUUUCACAUGGGCAACAGCUGGACUGCCUUGCCCCCAGGUAUUUCCUUCCAAGCAGCCUCCAUUAACUGCUGACACAGUCAGACCAUCUGAUGUAGCAGUGCUUUCCUAUGUUGGAGUUCAAGAACAAAGCACUGAGCUGUCAACGGUCUUAUCAAAACUCACAGAGCUGAUGACUCUGUUCAGUCCUGGACUAGUGACUCCCAUCUCAGAAGACAAACGCAUCCCUCAGUUUCUACAACGUGGCACACUGGUGGACCAAGCAAACGAACUGUCCCUUUACUUACAGAGCAAUAAGCAGGGCACUGAUGAGAAUCAAGACUGGAAGUUGGUGCUUCUCUUUGUUCAGCUGGAUCAACUCUGUGCCUGUGAGCAGCAGGAGCAGAUCUCAUCUCUUCUCAAACAAGUGGUUGAGGAGGUAGAUAAUGCUCUGCAGUUGCUCCACUCUCAGCUGAAAAAGACCAUUGUCAGUGUGGCAUUGUGGGAUGGAGGACUAAACACAUUCCAGACAAAGAUGUGCCCAUGCACACACACAUACACCGACGGAGAACUCAAGCUUCAGAGGGCCAUGCUGACUCACACCCUGCAAGAGUUGCUGGAUGAGCUGAUGGUAAAGAAACAUUGGUACAGAGACAGAGAUGACUUCACUGUCACUCUUCAGGCGACUCCUCUCAUCAGAGGCCUGUCAUCUCAGACUGGAAAGCCUAUUGGAGAGUUUGAACCCUCAAAGCGUACUGAUGAACUGAUGCUACAGUUGUGGAGAAACCUGCUUCAGCCCAUGGUCGAUCAACGUAUUCCAGACCAUAUGAGAGAUGUCCUCACAUUACAAUGCCCCACUGAAGACCGACCAUUCCUGAGGACAGAAUUUAACACUCCUUCAAAUCACCACAGCAACGCAGACCAUCUCAUUCAGACUCAUACAGGCACAGAGUUGCCCUGUGAAGAUCGCAGUCCUUCAUCCUCCAUUCCUAAUUCAGUCCAUGAACUCCGGCCUGCAGAUAUCAAAGUUGUGGGAGCUGUGGGGGAUUCUUUAACAGCAGGGAACGGCAUCGCAUCCAGCCCUAGUAACAUCCUGGAUGUCUUACGUCAGUACCGAGGUUUAUCCUGGUGCAUUGGUGGAGAUGAAAACCUCACAACUGUUACUACUUUACCCAACAUUUUAAAACAUUUUAACCACGAUGUGAAGGGCUACUCGCUUGGUGUCGGUAAUCAGGAUAAUCCACAAGCUUUCCUUAAUCAGGCAGUGCCAGGUGCAAAGAGCAAGGAUAUACCAUCACAAGUGCGUGCCUUGGUAACAAAGAUGAAAAAUGACGUUAAUAUUGACUUUGAAUCAGACUGGAAGCUGAUCACUGUCUUUAUUGGUGGAAACGACCUUUGUUCAUACUGCGAUAAUAGUAUCCUUUACUCAGUGGAAAAUUACGUAGGGUUUCUCAAGGAAAGCUUGGACUAUCUCCAGAAAGAGGUUCCCCGAGCUCUGGUGAACCUAGUGGAGCCUCUUUACAUAACUCCACUUAGAGAAAUGCACAGGGACGCGUCACUGAAUUGUCCAACAUGGCUUAUGAACAUAUUGUGCCCUUGUGUGGUAAUGCCAGAGCCUAACUCGGAAGCUCUUCAAAUUGUGGAAACCGUAAACAGAGGAUAUCAGCGUUUGCUGCAUGAACUUAUUGAGUCUGGCCGAUAUGAUACCCACUCAAACUUCACUGUGGUCAUUCAGCCUUUCCUCAGAGACAUCGCUUUGCCCAGACUGCCAGAUGGCCGUCCAGAUCGGUCUUACUUCAGCCCUGACUGCUUUCAUCUCGGCCAGAAAGCCCAAACAGUGUUGGCUCGUUCUCUUUGGAACAACAUGCUGGAACCUCUGGGAAACAAAACCUCCAGCCAGGACUUUAAUUCUGCUUCUGAACUGAAAUGUUCAACAAAUGAAGACCCCUUUAUUCGGACAUAUAAGAACAGUGAUUACAUGUAUUCUGCACCCUCCCCCAAACCUGAUCCUAUUACGAAUUGGGGAAGCGAUUUUUCAUGCAACAACUUAGCUCCCUCUGACAGUCAACCAACUUCAGUGCACAAGCUGAGACCAUCAGAUAUUCAGGUGGUGGCAGCACUGGGAGACUCUGUAACAGCAGGAACUGGUGCAAAAUCAAACAGCAUUCCUAAUCUUAAUACAGAAUACAAAGGAGUAUCAUGGAGCAUUGGAGGGGAUCAAACUUUGGAGACUGUCUCAACACUACCAAACAUCUUGAAGAAGUUCAACCCUGAUCUACAGGGUUUCUCCAAAGGAGAAGGGCAACUGCAAAAGGGCUUCAACAUGGCUGUUGCUGGAGCAAAGACCUCAGAGCUUCCUGCACAAGUCCAAGCUCUCAUUAAGGCCAUGAAAGAAAACAAGGAGGUGAAUUUUGAAAGUGACUGGAAACUUGUGACAAUUUUCAUCGGAACAACGGAUCUUUGUAAUUACUGCUACGAUCAAAAUAAUUUGUCGCCAAAGAAAUUUAGCCACAAUCUCAUGCUUUCGUUGGACAUGCUUUACGAAGAGGUACCGAGGGUGUUGGUAAAUCUGGUGGAUCUCAUGCAGAUGGAUGUGUUUAAAACUGUCAAAAAGGACACACUGGGCUGUUCACUACAGCAGCGUUUCAGCUGUCACUGUGUUAUAAAUCCAGCAAACAACGCUCCAGAGAUUGAGGAACUGAAACGAAUCAAUCGAAAUUACCAGACUGAGAUCAAUUAUCUAAUUUCUGGAGAUCGUUAUGAUGGAAAAGAAGACUUUGCUGUUGUGCUGCAACCCUUUUUCCACUAUUCCUUCAUCCCUCAAACUGGAGUGGGCGAGACAGACACGAGUUUCUUCUCCGUUGAUUGUUUCCACCUGAGUGAACGGACUCAUGCAGAGAUGGCCAUCGCACUGUGGAACAACAUGCUGGAGCCGGUUGGCAGGAAGCAAGACUACAACAACUUCACUCAUGACCGUGCCAAGAUUCACUGCCCCUCUGAGGAGUCCCCCUUUAUCUUCACUAAAGGUAACAGCCAACCAGAACUCCCCAAGACUACUGUUGAUCCAGGCAUCAUCACAACCAGCGCAAUCAGUUCCACCAUACUGCCAAAGUGUUCCACUCCCCUCCCUGUGUGGGUGCCAGUGGUUGUGGGACUUGUGAGUUUACUGGCAGGCAUCAUUAUGUGCUGGCUCAUUAUGUCCGUCGUUCAGCGCAAAAAAGGCAAGAAGAGUGCAAAAGCUGCUCAAAAUAAAACAACUGGGUUUUAAAGUUAUGACAUCAUUUAUGGAUAUGAAAAUUGUUUUUUAGAAUAACGACCCUCAUAAUGGUACCCUCAUUUGGUAAUAAGAUUACGGGGCUCGCUGGGUGGCUUUCGCCAGCAGCGGUUAAGCUACAGUCAGCUCCAUUUGGUUGCUCAGCUUCUCUGACGUUUGGUAACUAAGCAUUAAGUAAUUCUUAUUGCAUACUGAUGUAAUUAACUUGCAUAAAUGUAUAUGUUUUGUAUUUUGCCAUCUUCACAUUUAUUUAUUAACAGAAUAAAAAUGUUUAAUUUUGAAUGACCAACAAAA